AUGGCACAUCCGCGCGACCCAAUCGCGCGGCGACGCGGGAAAGCAAAAGGCAACAACGACGCCUCGAAGCGGGCCAACGCGCGCAAGGUCCCCGGGGUGUUGCGAUGCGCGUACGCGGACAUAUCCAGCCUCGAGAAGAUGGUGACGCGCGUGUGCGCCGACGCCGGGAUUCUACCGCCGACCUUGCGCCGCGAGGGCGACGACCGAACCUACUCCGACUCCCUGCUUCGCGGGACCCUGUGCGCGAUCCACGCCAGAGCGCCGAGGUUGCCAUCGCACGCGGCGUCGUUCGAACACGCCUCGUCGCUCGAGGAGGUCCACGCGCGCGCGCUCGCGGCGCACUUUAAGACCCAUAGCGCCCCCAACAACGUCCUCUGCUACGGCGUCCGGCGCAAACGCGCCCCGUCCCGCCGCGAUCCCCCGGCGCCCGAUCGAGGCACCCCGGGGGGUGCCAACAUCGCGAGCCGCGCCGACCUCGAGGUCGUCACCGCGUCCGCCGCCACGAAAUCGCUGCUCGGCGCGCGCGCGUGGAGAACGUUCCACGAACGCGUCGGUGAUGCGCUCAUGACGCAUCUCCUGGUCCACGGCAGCGUGUUCGUGCCGAGCGGCGCGCUCACGCGACACUCCCUCGCAGCCGCGAAGCACGGCUCGCACCUGCAGCUGUGCGGGGCGCCGGUGUCCGCGGUGGGCGCGUCGCGCGCGGCGGCGAUGGCGAGGAGCAAACGGGCCGCCGCCGAGGCCGCACGCGUGGACCGGAGCACCCCGGAGGCGAGGAAGAGAAAGAGGGAGAAGAGGAGGCGCAUCGAGGACGGGAGACGCGAGGAGGAGAAGGAGGAGGCGACGACGGGGAGCAAGCGGCGGCGCGGGAAAAAAACCUUCGAGCGGCCCGGGUCCGCGGACUCCGGGCGCGGCUGGGACGUGCUCGGCACGCAGUCGCAGGAGAGCCAGCCGGAGCCGGACGACUCCCAGUGCGAGCCGGAGACGCACUCGCAGGAGUCCCCGGCGGUGGUGAUGCUGCGUCGAGUGGGCGGCUUCGUCGCAAACGUGAUACGCAACGGCUCUAACGUCGCUAACGUGAUACGCACGGCUAACCCGUUCAUGUCGCCGUCGUCGAAGACGGCACCCACCGACGCCGCCGACGAUCCCCCGGGCGAGCCGAGAGGGGGGACGAGGACGGGGACGAGGAGGAGGAGGAGGAAGAGGCGGAGGCGGAGGCGGAAGACGAAGGAGAAAGAGCGGGGGGGCGACGGGGAGAUGAUGAAGGAAAAUGAGACGGACGUCGUCGCGGAGUCCGAACCGGACCAAAGCGGCGGGUCCGGCGAGCCGAAGCCCCAGGACGCGACCAUCGGCGACGCGAGGGUGAAACCGUCCAGGCUCAGCAGCUGGCGACGCAAGAAGCUGGCCAGGGAACGCGCCGCGGCGGCGAUGACGGACGCGGAUCCCACUCCGAAGCCCCCGAGCCAGGCCACCACGGUCGGCGAGGAGGAGGAGGAGGAGGAGGAGGAGGAGGAGGAGGAGGAGGAGGACAGUUUCGUGCCGGAAACCCCGGACGUCGACGUCGUCGCGUCGUCGCCUGGCGACGCCGCGAACGACGUAGCGUGGGCGCGGCUCGGGGCGGCAGCCGCUGCGGCCGGCGCGUCAUCGAGCGACUCUGUCGCGAUGGCGUGGGACCGGCUCGGCGCGAUGGCCGCGUCGGGCGACGACGACGACGACGCGGCCACGCCCGCCAAGGGCUCCAAGGAGCAGAGGCUGAAGAGAGGGCGGGUUAAGGUCAAGUCCCCCGGGGGAGCCAAGUCCCGCGCGAAGCGAAAGCCGAGACGGAUGAAGGCGGAUCCCGUUCGGGCGACGGUUGAGCGUCCCAGCGAGGUUGUCUUCGAUACCUCCGGGUUCAUGCACAAGUCGAGCUACUCGCGGACGCCGGGUUUGCCUCGGGGUCACGCGCUCAACGUCGUGGGUCGGGGCACCGCCGGCGCGCGACGACUGUACUCGAUCGUGUUCGGGAAGAAACCCGCCGCGGGUGGUCUCAAGACAAAAUCGGGCGACAGGAGAACGUCCGCGUCUCCGCUUAAACAAGUGAAGGAUCAAACAACGGACGGAGGGAGGGGGAGGGACAAACAGACGAGCCGCGUGCCCAAAUGGCACCGCGCCGCGCUCCUGCCGUUGCUCCAGACGAUGAUCCGCAAGGCUGCGAGGUGCCCUUACGCGUCCAUACUGGAGAGGCACUGCCCGAUGCCGGAACGCGUCCGCGGCGGGGAGCCGGCGGCUGAGGCCAAAUCUCUCCUCGCGUCGUUCACGCCCCCCGCGGCUGUCGCUUCGUUUCUGUGGUCCGUCGUGCGUAACGUCGCGCCGCGCGAGAUGCUCGGCGGGGUCAAGAGCCGAAUCGCGCUGCGACGGUUCCUGCUCAGGCUGGUGGUCCUCCGCAGGUUCGAGAUGUGCACGCUGCACGAGGCGAUGACCGGCUUGAAGGUUUCGGAGUUCCCUUGGCUCUUCGGCCGAGCCGGCGUCGCCGACGAGAAACGGACGCGACGCGCCACGCGCGCGGGGCCCGCGAGCGCGGCUCUCGCGCGCCGCCGCGACCUCCAGCGAUGGGUCCGAUGGCUCGUCGCGGAUCUCGUCGUCCCGCUGCUCCGAUCUCACUUUUACUGCACGGAGACCGAGUCGCACCGGCUGCGAGUGUUUUACUUCCGGAAAGGGGUGUGGGCGAGGCUCACCGCGGCGCACCUCGCGGCGAUGACCGAGGACCCGGCGGGGGAGUCGAGGCGUCCCACGUCGCUGGGAGGGACCGAGCUGCCCGUCACCUUGGAUCCAACGCGUCCGACGCCUGGCCCCGCGGACGAGACAGACGAGAUGGACGAAGACGGAUGGGACUCGACGGACGACGCCGACGACCCCGCCGCCGCCGCUCCCAGAGCCGCGUACAGACGCCUGCCGAAGCGUCGCGCGAGGCUCAUGCUCCAGCGCCACCUCCUUGGCUUCUCCAAGCUCCGUUUGCUCCCGAAGAGCGCGGGGUUGAGGCCGGUGGCGAUGCUGGGGCGGCCCGCGGUGGCGUCGUUCCGAAGUUUGCGGCCGAGCGGCGGGGGUAAGCGCGGCGUCGCCGGCGCCGCGGCGGGGGGAACUAAAAACGGCGCCGCCGCCGCCCGGGACGUCCUCGCGUUUCGUCCCGUCAACACCAGCCUGCAGGGCGUGUUUGACGUGCUGAGGCACGAGGCUGGUGCGAGACCGGGGGUGAUGGGCGCGAACGUCAGCGAUUACAGGGACGUCCACCGCCGAUUGGGUCCGUUCAUCAGGCGAUGGCGCGCGACCCAGCGCCAGCUGGCGGGUAGGAAGCGUAAGAAGACCCGCGGGGAGGUUGGGAACCGAGUUAAACGCACGGAAGACGACGUACCGAUCGCCGGCCCGGAGCCGGUGACGCGUCCCCCGUACAUCGUCGCCGCGGACGUCAAGGGCGCGUUCGACAGCAUUCCGCUCGCCGCGCUCGAGCGCGUGGCGUGCGAGCUGGUGGGCAGCGGGGAGUACUCGGUGUGCAGGCUGGCCAGGGUCGUGGGCGGCGCGGCCGUCGGCGUGCGAACCAAGACGCAGAGGAUCGCCACGCCCGUCGCGAAACCCGGCGCCCCGACGUUGGACGAGCCGGGGAACGAGAGGUCAAAGCCGAGGAAGGGUUCGAGGCGGGAGCGUAAGGUUGGCGGCGUGGUCAUCGACCUCGCGAACCCAAUCGCCGUGCACAAAAAUCAGGUGCUCGAACUCUUGCGCGAGCACCUGCGCCGCAACGUCGUUCGAAGCGGGGGGGUGUACUUACUCCAGACCACGGGGAUACCCCAGGGAAGCGUGCUGUCCACGCUGCUGUGCGCGGUGUUUUACGCGCACCUGGAACAGACCCACGGCUUGAGGGGUAAGUCACCCAGCGACAAUACCUCCCAGAAGGUUCUGUGCCGGUGGACGGAUGACCUGCUUCACGUGUCGUUCGACAGGGACCCCGCGGAUAGCUUCCUGUCAGCCGCACUGGAGGGGUUCGCGGAGUACGGGUGCGAGGUUAACACCGGUAAGACCAGCCUCAACUUUGACUAUUCCCCCGGCGGAGCCGAGCCGACCCGAAUCGCCACCCGGUCCGCGGCGGCCAACAACGCCGAGCCAAAGCCGCCGAUGAUCCCGCGCCGGGAGACCGUGAUUGGCCACGGACCGAACGCCAGGCGGUGCAUCGCGUGGUGCGGGUUGCUCAUCGACAGUAACAACCUGGAGGUGCUGGUGGAUUACACGAGGUACGCGGGGGAUUGGGCGAGGGAGGCGGUGACCGUGCCGGGCCGAGUCGGGUCGGGGCUCAAGACGCCUUCCCCGUUUUCCAGGCUGGAUCGAAGGGUAGUGGCGUACCUGCGGCCCAAGUGCACCGCGCUGCUGUACGAUCACAGCGUCAACUCCCCCUUGACCGCCCGGCUGAACGUGUAUCAGUCGUUCCUGUUGGCCGCGAUCAAGACGCACUGUUUCGUCGCCGCCGCCUCCGAGCACCCCAGCGCCAGAAACUCCAACGGCGACGGCAAGGGGAAGGUCAAGACACGCGGCCCGUCCCCCGCGGCUGUUCACGCGGCCAUCACGGCGGGUAUACGGUACAUGGAGGGCGCGGUGCGUCACCACAUGGCGGUGGCCCGCGCGACGUUGGGCGCCACGGGACGCAUCCAGCGAACGCACGUGCGAUACCUCGGGCUGCACGCGUUUGCGAAGAUUUUCAGCCGGAAGCAGUCGAGGCACGCGGGGACGCUCGCGCUGCUGCAGCGGGACAUCGGCGCGGCGACGAUGCGGGUCGCGGCGAGGAGGCUGGCGACGGUGGUGGACGACGAGCUGUCGACGACGUUCGAUCAGAUCCGAUUUUAGACACGAGACUAGCUAGAGUUUACAACGAAAAACGUACGACC